AUGAGCACGUCAAAAGGUAUUAUUAUUAAAGGGCAAUUUAACAUCAAAUACACUAAUGCGUUGACAAUAGUGUUCACCGAGGAGAAAUCGGACUAUGACAACUUACUGACCAAUAUAAAAAGUGAGGAGGUGGCAUACCAUAGAUACAUUAGUAAAAGCGAUAAAUCGCAUGCCUUUGUGCUUCGUGGACUAGGAGAGGGUACUAAAAUAGAUGAUCUGGAAGAAGAUCUAAUGAACUCAUAUGAGAUCAAAGUUAGAUCAACAUACAGAAUGACUACCAAGAAUAGACCCCUAUACCUGGUAGUAACAGAUCCAUUAAUAACAUUAGACUACUUGAACAGAAAUGUCAGAGUGGUACUGUACACCAGAGUGACCUGGGAGCUACGCAGGUCGACAAAGCAGAUCAUACAGUGCCACAACUCCCAGGCAUGGGGGCACGCGACUUCCAAUUGCAGCAGGCCACCAAACUGUCUCAAAUGUGCAGCAAAUCACCAUAAUCACCAUACCAGGACAUGUAUCAAGUCCAGAGACACACCUGCCAAAUGUUUCAACUGCGGAGGCGACCAUCCGGCCAAUUUCACUAAGUGCAAAGCUUACCUAGAUAGAGUUGCUAGAAUUGACGACCGAAAACAAUCAAACAACACUAUGAGGAAGAAAUAUAUACUUAUACUUGCACCCGCUCCAAAAAGAAAUAUAUGGGAUAGAAAUAAUAGAGAUGCCAAACAAAGAGACGAACACAACGAAGAAUUUCCGCUUCUUCCAGGAAUCAGCACACAACAAGCCACUAAGCAGCAGACAAGGCAGCAACAACAACAACCCAACUACCACAACAAAGAAGACAUAUAA